AUGGCACCGUGGACAAUACUCACAUCUAUUGCCAGAUGGCUUCCUUCGCCUGCGUUUCUUCCCAACCCUCCUCUAGGUUCGGAUUCAUACUCCACAAGCACUCCUGUUAAUAAGGACAAUGAUCCAAAGAACACAUCAAGCAGCCGGCGUCGAACUCCAUUUUCCUCUAGCAAAGCUUACUCUGUAGCUGAAGUGCUUUCAGUUGCUAAGAUACACCCCUUUUAUUCUGAAGCUCAGUAUCCACCUGAUAAAGAUGACAUUCAAGCUGCAAGGGAGAGAUUGAAACUUUCUCCCACAGAAGUGGAACUCAAAGAGCAGCCGCUUCUUAGGAAAAAGGACCUGUAUGCCGUUAUUGAGAGGCUGGUGAAUGAUACCAGCCCUGAGAAUACGUAUCGUCAUAGUGUCUACACCAGCGUCACUGGUGGUGGGAGUACCAAUUCCAAACCAUUGUUUUUCGCCACAGAUGCGUUCGAGAACCGUCGGCACAGGGCCUAUUUCGGCCAAAUGCUCCAGAACCUAGGUUUGGUCAAAGUUGGCGACUGGGCUCUGACCACCCAUUGUGCUGGUGAUCUUUACCGAUCGCUAGACCUGACUUGCGAAAUCAUGGAAAACGCCGGCGCUUCAGUCUUGGCUGCUGGAAAUCAUGUCGCCCCAUCCAGAACGGUCCAGCUCCUACAAGAUUUUAACGUUAAUGUUUUGAUGGGUGAUGGAAGUCAAGUUCUCUCAGUCGUUCACCACAUUUCGACUAUGACUACAGGAAGGGAGAAGAUUAAGCUUGACAAGAUCAUUUACACUUCCGAAGGACUCAGCGCGGGCCAAAAGUCUCAUAUUCAUCGUGUUCUUGGUCCUGUGGAGAUCUGCUCCAUAUUAGGCAGCGCAGAGGCUGGCCCAUAUGGAGUGAGCAGUCCCAAUCUUACCCCCAGCGACUCUACUUCAGACUACUCCGACUUCAUCAUCGACACUCGCAUGACGUUGGUUGAGAUUCUUCCGCUUUCGUUUCCUGACGGAGACAUCCCCAAUCCUCUUCCUGAAGGAGAAACAGGUGUCAUCGCACAGACUUCUCUGACACGUUUACGCAAUCCCGUUGUUCGCUAUCUUACUGGCGAUAUUGGUUCUCUGCAACCGCUUCCUGAACAAGCCCUAUCCCUGAUCCCAGAAGCACAUCAACCCUACAUGCGUGUUCUUCGGCUGCAAGGGCGCGAUCAGCGGUUCAGUUUCAUGUGGGAUGGGUAUGACAUUGAAUUUAAGAAGUUGAGCACUGUCAUGGCCGACCCUGUUCUAGAAAUUCUGCAAUGGCAGGUCAUACUAGACAAAAUGGAGCCGUCAACAGAGACAUCAAUUGAACUCCGUGUACUCAGCUCCCGUUCAGAAGGGAAAGAGAUUGUCGUCAACCGGCUCGAAGAAUUCUUUUGGAUCUACUCUUCAAACAAGCACAAGUUUCGUGUUACAUUUGUAAAUGAUGUCACUGAGUUUGAGUUGAGCAAAACAGGACGGAAAGUUACCAAGUUUGUAGAUCGACGCAAUUGA